CAACUUCUCUCCUCCCUUCAAUCUUCCGUCGAAAUCUCUCCCAUUUCCUCGCCGGAAAGUUUUGGUUUUUUCUGUUUCGUUUUCUUAAAUAAAUUUGAAGCUAUGAGAAACGAGCGAUGUGGAGCCGUGGUUGUGGAGCGGAGCAAUCUCCACAGACCAAAGUUAGGCUCUCUUUUGAACUCAGAUUCCAUUGCGAUAUUCAACAGUAACAAGUUCGACGACGACGCCUUGAAUUAUCGUAAAAGCUGUACUUCCGCCGCGACUUCCAGCUGCUAUACGAAUUAUACCAGUACGCCUACAACAACGAGUGGCGAAGCUUCUCCUUAUCUAAUGUCUCCCUGGAAUCACACGGCUUCUCCUUACCACGAGUCUCCCUGGAUUUCGCCUUCCUUUAAGGAGAACUUGAACCGUAAUGGCCUGAUUGGCUCCAUUGUACGCGAAGAAGGUCAUAUAUAUUCGUUAGCGGCUUAUGGAGAUUUCUUAUACACAGGUUCGGAUAGCAAGAACAUAAGAGUUUGGAAGAAACUGCAGGAGUUUUCAGGAUUUAAAUCGAACAGUGGUUUGGUUAAGGCCAUUGUAAUCGCCGGCGACAAGAUUUUUACCGGUCAUCAAGACGGGAAAAUCCGAGUGUGGAUGAUUUCAAACAAAAACCCGAGCGUUUACAAAAGGGUGAGCAGUUUACCAACUUUUACUGAAUUUGUCAAAAGCUCAUUCAACCCGAGGAACUACGUUGAAGUUCGACGGCACAGAAACGUUCUUAGAAUCAAACACUACGAUGCCGUUUCGUGUUUGAGCUUAAACGAAGAACAAGGACUGCUAUACUCAGGCUCCUGGGAUAAAACCCUAAAAGUUUGGCGAAUUUCAGACUUUAAAUGUUUGGAAUCAAUCCAAGCCCACGACGACGCCAUUAACGCCGUCGUUGCAAGCUUCGAUUGCUUCGUCUUCACGGGAUCCGCUGACGGAACAGUCAAAGAAUGGAGACUAGAGCUUCAAGGGAAAGGGACUAAGCAUUUUCUGGUCCAGGAUUUGUUAAAACAAGAGUAUGCAGUGACGGCCCUGGCGGUUAAUCAGGAAUCGGCCGUGCUGUAUUGUGGAUCCUCGGAUGGGUUGGUGAAUUUCUGGGAACGUGGAAAGCAAUUUUCUCAUGGUGGGGCCCUCCGGGGCCACAAACUGGCCGUCCUCUGCCUAGCCUCGGUGGGCAAUCUAGUGUUCAGUGGCUCGGCUGAUAAGAACAUUUGCGUAUGGAAAAGGCAAGACGGCGGGGCCCACUCUUGCUUAGCUGUCUUUUCGGGUCACACUGGGCCGGUCAAAUGUUUGGCCGUCAAAGAAGAUCAUGAUUCUGAGAACAAGCAAGAUCAACGGUGGAUAGUUUACAGUGGCAGCUUGGACAAGUCAGUUAAAGUGUGGCGCGUCUCAGAACAGCCUCCUGAAUUACAGGGCUUCGCUUCGCCGACCCAAUAAAACGAUUCUUUCUAAUUUAAAACAACUGAAAGGUGACGCGAGGUGAAUAGAACGUGAGGAGCACGCGGGGUUACUUAGGUUGCCACGUGGAGAGUCCCACGCAGGCAAUCGGAACAGUGAGAUCAGCGGUCUAUGGAGCAUCUGAUGAAAACUUGGGCUUGAAGGCAAAGCACUGUUGUGGACGGCACCGCAGAAUCCAUCAGCUAAUAGAAUAGAAGCAUGCCACGUCAUCAACUGUAAUUUGUAAAUUGUAAUUAUGAGAUGAUUUUAUAUUUUUUUUCAUCUUAAUUAUUAUUAUUUUAAUUAUUAUAACAAUGAAGCACUUGAAGAUGUGUAAUUAUUUUAAAAGUAUAUAUUAAUAAACUUUGGUUUUGAGAGUUAUUUUAUCAUAUGUAUGGUAGCCAAAUAUUAUCUUCAUUAUUAUUGAUUAGCUCUA